UUUGUUUAGGAAAUUAUUGUGAAAUGUGAACGUGAGAAAGUGAAUUUCAAUUCGAAGCGUGCACAGAAGUUUUAUUUGAAUUUUAUAAUUUAUAAUUCUUCUUUGUGAAUAUACUAGAUGCUGUUUUAAAAAUUAGUUUCACAUCGUAAGGACACAUAAUUAUCAUGAAACAAAUUACGUCAAGAAAGGAUAAUUUGAAAUAUGAUGAUGAAAAUGUAAAAUAUAAGUUAAAUACUGUAUAUUUCAAUAGUGUUAAAUCAAAGAAACAAGAUGACGACGACGGCGUUCGAUACAAACUUGCACCAAUAACCCCUAAAUCUAAAGCAAUUGACAAAAGAAAGUCAAAACCCAAAAUUAAAGUGAACUUUUGGAGUAAUAAAGGUCUAGUGCAAAGUAAAAAUGCAACACAUAAAAAAGAUCUUAAGCAAAGACAUACAAUUUGUACCACAGAUCAGUCAGAUAACCAAAAAGUACCAUCAGUUAAAGUGCGAAAAAGGGUGUCUUUUCUACCAUCACCAGUAUUUACAGAUGAUCAUGUGCCAAUGGUCACUGUACCAGAUGAUUUAACAAUUCAACUAAACUCUGCAAAUGCUAAAGCAAUGGAGGAUGGUUUGAAUCUAAUUUAUGUGAAUGAAACCGAUAUUAAUAAUUUGCAUGAACAAAAUAAAAAGAAAUCAAGGACCUCAACAACUCAAACCAGUCCUCGAACCUCAAAAGGCUGUAACAACGUUCAAACAAAUUGGGGCAAUGAAAAUGAACUAGAAUUUUUCUCUAAAUAUGUUGUUCAAAAGUUGAGAAGAAUGGAGACAAAUCAACGCAUUUACGCAGAAAACUUAAUAAACACAGUCCUCAUGUUCGGUCAGCUGAGAAAAUUAAAUGGAAAAUCAAAAAUUUCAGAAUCAUAGCCUUAAAUUGAUUUACAUAUUUGAGGAAC